AAAUUCAGCAAAUAUUUCAAUAACUGUUCCAUGAUCCAUAUUCCUGGAUACACAUACCCAGUGAAAGAGUACUUACUGGAGGAUGUGGUGGAAUUACUUGGGUUCAAGCCACAACAUCAGGACCGCAGACCUCGCUAUAGGAGAGGAUUUAUGCACGGCCAGAAUGUACGGCCAGAGAAGGAACAGAAAGAGGCCGAAUACCGCGAGAGCUGGCCAUGCUUUGCCCGUACGCUCAGAGAUCGGUACUCAGACAGCACCACCGAUGCGCUGGAGAUGAUGGAUGAUGAUGACAAGAUCAACCUGCAGCUUAUCGUAGCAUUGAUCAGACACAUCGUGAUGAAAGAGGAUAAUGGAGCGAUUCUAGUGUUUCUGCCUGGAUGGGACAACAUCAGCACCCUGAAUGAUUUGCUCACGGCUGACCAGAUUUUUAAGUCAG